AUGCCUCUUUUCGGACAUCGUCCACCCCGUCAUUUCUUCCAAUUUCUAUCAAUUCUUUUAUUCAUUCUUCCAUUUAUCGUCACUAGCGGCGAGGCACCCAAUUUCCCGUUUGAAGAAUGCAAAAAUGGAGUCAGAUUGGAAAAGCUCAAAAACAAGAACGGCUCAUUUUCGGUGAAAGAAACGAACGAUUGCUGCGCCGGCUAUUUGAGGGACGAUCAAAAGGGGACUUGUUCUCCUUGUCCAACAGGGUGGACGGGUCGCCUUUGUGAUUUACCUUGCGCUGAAGGAUUUCACGGGCCAGCCUGUGAAUAUCGAUGCACGGAUUGUACGCAAUGCGAUCGUUUCACUGGGCAAUGUCAUGAAUACGAUUGGAGUCGAGCCUGGGCUGACGGUCGACUUUUCCUCUCCGUUGUCACGAUACUUCUAAUCUGUUUGGCGGUGGCUGUUCUUUCGAUGGCCGUCGCAUACACGAUGUUCUAUCGGAGAAGGUGGAGUCAAAGCUCAAGAGAAGAACGAACAAGGAUAACAUCUGAUGUGGAUGCCCCAGCCGAAAAUCAUUCCGAUGCCUCUAAAGUC